GAUGAUGAUAACAUUUUAUGCGUAUCUUAUACGUGAUAUUUUGAAGAAGCAGUAAACGACUGAAGUGUUAUUUGAAUAUACUUAAAGUCACCUUAAGUUUAUAAUAUCAAAAAGGAUUCUAAGAUGGCACAAAAAGUGCCUCACGAUGAACUUGUGAAGAAACUUGUUUUAAAAGUUUAUAAAGGUGUUGUUAUGUAUGACAAAGCGAAUGAUGAGAUUGGGGAAAUAGAGCAGAUGGACACAAGGGAAGAUGAUAUAUGGGUCUGCACCUUCCCGAGAUCAGGAACAACAUUGACACAAGAGAUGGUAUACCUUAUACAGACUUUAGACUUUGAAACUGCAAACAAAGUACACCUAGAUGUUAGGUUUCCACAAGUGGAGGUUCAUGACGAGCAUUGGCCAGAUUUUAAAGGUUUGAAGGAAGUUGAACAGAGGAAGUCGCCUCGCAUGAUAAAAAGUCAUCUUCAUCAUUCUCUCCUACCGGAACAACUGCGGAAUGGAAAAGGCAGGAUAAUAUAUGUAUGCAGGAAUCCAAAGGAUGUUAUAAUUUCGUACUUUCGGUGGCAGAAAUGGGUUGGACUGCUAGUUGAGAGAAAUGACACUUUAGAGAAGUGUUUAGAUGGCAUCGUUAAUGGAACGGAGUAUGCAUGUCCCUGGCCAAGACAUCUACUUGAAUAUUGGGAAAGGAGAAACGAUAAGAAUGUCCUGUUUCUUAGAUACGAAGAUAUAGUAGCGGAUAAACCUGCCGCUAUUAGACGUAUUGCAGAUUUCUUGGGAAAACCUCUUAGCGACGAGAACGUUGCACAAAUUACCAAACAUUGUCACGUGGACAAUAUGCGUAACAAUCCUAUGGUAAACUUGAAAUACUGGGAAGACUACAAACUUGUAAACACAAACAUAGAAAGGGCGCAUAUAAAUAAAGGUAAACCAGGUAUUUGGCAUGACGUCUUGACAGAGGAGCAGAGCAAGAAGAUAGAUAAACUAAUUCAAGAACUGGACGGAUCGGGAUUAGAAGUUAAACAAACAUAAAGAUAACUACCAUUAGUAAAUUGAGCCCAGUUUAUAUUACAAGCAGUCUUUAUAUACAGAAACUGAUGUAAGAUGCAAAAUGAUCACUUCAAAUUUCUGGCCUUUACAGUAUUACAAUAUAGCAAUCUUUAAGUGUCAUGUAGCGGCCGUAAAAUGUCUCCCCGUACCUGUAUUCAAUGCUGUUAUAGUUUCUGGUCCUUUGGGAUAAUGGAAUCCAUUCAAUAUCUAUGUAAUAGAAAUCCGCUUAAGCCGUGGCGUUGGGGGUGAGGGGGGAUGGGUGGGGGCGGGGGUGGAGUGAUGUUCCACAUUUCGUUACAUCUCAAGAACUGACUCAGUCUAGCCGAGUUUGCUAUUACGUCGCUUGGUUGCGUUCUAUUCAUUUCUAAAGAUCUUUAGAAAGAUUUUAUUUCUUAAAAUUUUACAAUAUAUAUUUGCAAUCAUUAGAUAAUAGUUCUUUGCAGCAUACUGCUUACUUUAAUACAUUCAAAUUUCACACUGUUUUGCAUUUGAGAUUACCGAAUUUCAGUUCCUUGCAGCACAAUGUUGGCUGUUAUAAUUAAUUAUGAAUGUGUAACUAUCUGAAUAGGUUUCAGUUAACUUUCAGUUCAGUCAUUGUCUCAGGAUGAUUUAUUAUUAGCUGAUAGCAGUGCUUACAUUGCAAAAAAAACACCAGGAAAUGUCUUCUAGUAUUUGCUUCGUCACAUAAACAGACAAAGAUCUAAAAGAAGCCACCGAUGGUACUUUAAAAUCCCCUAUAGAAGUGUAUGUAUGGACAUGUAUACCACAUUGAUUUAUACUGACACAACAAAAGGUAUGGAAAUAAAUGUCGCAGUUAAUGAGUCUGUUCCGCGAAUAGGUCUUACCUUAACAUGAUUUGCCAUUUUAAAAUUGGUUUUAAAGACCAUAUACGGGUACAUCUUUCCAAUUUUCAUGUAUGUUUCUGAACAUUCCUCUUAUUAAUAAACUUCUCAUUUCCAAACGAAAUAAUAUCGUAUUUUAUAUUUAUUGAUAUUGACGUUUUGUUUUAUGUUGUUGUAUUUUGGAAAAUAUUCUAAACAUGGUUAAAAACUUAACGGACAGUGCAAUGCAAAGAUAUCUGUACAUCAUUAAUAAUAACCAGUAGUUAUAAUGCAUGAUAACUUGUAGUUAUUGGAAAACAGUCGAUAACUCUGUAUAUUAUCAUUCCUGUUUUACAGAGACAUACUGAAGGCUAUCUUAUCGAUUAUUGAAAACACCAAAUUGAUACAGUACAAUACAAGGGCAGGAUAAGAAUCGUUUUUUAAGUAUAAUGCUAGUUUUUAUGCUGGCAGAUUUUGAGCUUUAGAUUUUUGUGAGUUCAAAGGGGGAGGGAGGUAGAAGACGUUUAUAAUAAAAAAUGUUUAAUAUAUUUAUGGCGUCAUAUCGGCUUGUCAAUUAAAUUCAUAUGUAUAUGACAUUAGCCGAAUAAUAUAAAUUUCUUUUAGUUUUAUGCAAUAUCAAAUAAACACCUUUAAAAUUCUUGUCUUUAAAUUAAAUACUUUUUUUAUUCACAUUAUUGAUUUAAUUAUAAAUACAUUUUAUUAAGAUAUUUGCUGGAAGACAUGGCAUUCCCUAGUUAGGGUAUAAAGAGCGCAGCUGUGAAUUAGGCUGGAAUUGUAAUUUACGACGGUAUAGCCAAAACACUCUAAAAUAAUAACAUGGUAGUCUCAUACAACCCUCGUUUUAUUUGAUCUGUAGAUUAUUUAUUACAUCACAUUAUAAAUUAGUUAAAGACAUUUUGGAAGCA